AUGUUGGAGGCAAAAUGCCUGAAGAAAGCAGUGAUUCCUUCCACUCUGAUUACCAAUCCAUCUCCGGGAACCAUUCAACCCACUCGCUUAGCUCUCCAUGUUACCCGCAAUAGACAUUCUUGUUUUCUCUACGUUGCUUCUGGUCCUCACAUUUAUAAACUCCAGAUCAUUCUGGGACAAACCUCAGUUACCAAAGGAAAAGAAAGCCUCUUAAUACCUGUGCACACUAAGGUUAUUAACCCUUCGCUAGUCAAACGCUGUCCCCAUCGUUCCGAAAUUCAGAGUAUUGUUCUUGCUGAUGCAGAGAGCCUUGGCUACUUACUGUUGGGAAGUGUGGAUUCAUACGGUCAUCUAAUUGUGUCGAAACUUGAUGCGUCUGGUAAAGAUAUUGACAGACUUACAUAUUCAGCAUUGCCGUUUGAUAAUGGUGUUGGGGAAGGAAGUUGGGCAGGACUAUGCUUUAGCCCAAAUCAAUUGUCUAUGGCAGCUGUUGCUCGUAGCUUUUGCAAAACUGUUGACAUUUUUGACCAGGACAUGCACGUUCGCACAUUACGACCACUCUGGAAUCCUACUUCAAUAAAUUUCAUGCAAAAUGUUAAUGGAGAUCAAAAUUCUCUGUUAGCUAUUACUGAAGGAAGCCAGCUGACUAUAUGGGACUUGAGAAUGAAUGAAAAUGGUGGUUGUGUACAUCGGAUUAAUGGUACCCCAGGCGAUACCUUAUAUUCCGUUUGCAGUUCAUCGACCGGUAAUAUUGCCGUUGGUGGGGCUGACCGUACUGUGACUAUUUAUGAUUCCCGCAGAUGGUCAUCAUUAUCUAGAUGGGUGCAUUGUUCAAAAUUUGAGAUAACAGGGCUAGCUUUCUCAACAGUUGAUCCUGACUAUAUGUAUAUUCAAGGGGUGGAUUAUGAGGUGUUUUGCGGGCAAUGGAAAGAACACAACAAAUUAUUUACCUUUAGAGGAGACUCGAACUGGCUUGGCUUUAGUAAGUGUUCCAACAAAGAUGUUUUGGGUGGAUGGUGUGAUUCGGGUAGCAUAUUUGUAGCUGAUGUUGCAUAA